AUGGCCCCGACACACGACGACUACACGGUCGGUUGGAUCUGCGCGCUUCCUCGCGAACUGGCCGCAGCGCGGGGAAUGUUAGAUGAUGAACACGAAUCGCUCUACGCCGCGGCAGCGGACUGCAAUGCUUACACACUUGGACGCAUCGGGACGCACAAUGUGGUGCUGGCGUGUCUCCCGGUUGGGGAGUAUGGGGUGGUUCCAGCUGCGGUGACCGUCAUGAGGAUGAAGGCGACCUUUCCAAAACUUGAAAUUGGGCUACUGGUCGGCGUUGGAGGCGGGAUUCCGAGUGACAAGCAUGACAUUCGACUGGGGGAUGUCGUCGUGGGGGACACCGGUGUGAUUCACUACGAUAUGGGCAAGACUGUCCAGGGUGGCCGGUUUAUCUGUACUCAAGAGCGCCUUCGGCCGCCGCAAGGCCCGUUGCUCGCGGUUUCCAAACUCCAGGCGGGCCAUCAGUUGGGAAAGGAGCGGAUAAGUGAAUAUAUCGAUGACAUGACCCGACGUUACCCGGAAUUCUCGUAUCCAGGCGUCGACCUUGACGUCCUGUUCGCCUCGGGGUAUGACCACCCAGAGCGAAACGCCUCGUGCGCCCAGUGUGACCCGUCCAAACGAGUUUCUCGGAAACCUCGACCAUCAAUACGACCGGUGGUACAUUAUGGGUUGAUUGCAUCGGGGAACCAGGUGAUGCGCCACGGAGCCACCCGCGAUGAGCUACGGACAGAGCACGAUAUUUUCUGUUUCGAAAUGGAGGCAGCCGGGUUGAUGAGGGUAUUUCCCUCCCUGGUUGUUCGUGGCAUUUGCGAUUACUCUGAUAGCCAUAAGAGUAAAAUCUGGCAGGACUAUGCUGCGGUGGCGGCAGCGGCUUAUGCGAAAGAACUCUUAACCGUCAUACCUGGUCCACUGGCACGCCAGGAUCGUGCGUGUUUUAUGGUCCCGUUUGCAUUGAGCCCGAAGUUUGUCGGACGAAAGACGGUCUUGGAGAUGAUAGACCAGAAGUUGGAGGCAAAGCAGCCAGCGGUCCUCGCAGGAAUGGGUGGAGUUGGGAAGACGCAACUAGCCGUGCAUUACUGCUAUCUUUACCGAGAAAGAAUGCCCACAGCUCAUGUAUUUUGGGUAAACGCUAGCACCAUCGCCAAUUUCGAGCAAGGAUAUCGUGAUAUCGCGCGUGCCCUCCGUCUUCCCGGCCACGAAGAUCCUAUGAUGGACCCGGGGCCGCAAGUUUGCGAAUGUCUCUCAAAGAAUAUUACCGUUCGCUGGCUUAUGGUUCUCGACAAUCUGGAUGACGCGCAGACAAUCACGUCCCAGAUAGCUUCGAUCCCGGGCUUGGGUGGUAGCGGGGGAUCAAUCAUCGUGACAACGCGCGAUAUGCGAGUGUCGCAGUAUCUCCCGGAUUGGGAUUAUGUGGAGGCAGAUCCCAUCGCCCUGCCGCCGCUCGAUGCAUCGGAUGCCCGUGACUUGAUCGUAGAAUUGCUAGCUCCCGAACAACGGCGGGACGAAGCGGAUCUUCUGGAGCUGAUACAGAUGCUGGGAUGUUUCCCCCUCGCUCUUACGCAGGCCAUGGCCUUCAUAAAACAGAAUCGGACCACCGUGACAAAAUACAAGAAACUACUGCUGGAGACCGAUGUCCAUCGACUGCAUGAGAAAGAAUAUCGCGACACGCGGCGAUACAACGAUGCGUCGGACUCGGUAUAUCGCACAUGGGAGACAUCGUUUCGCAAGAUACAGCAGGAUGAGCCUUCAGCAGCCGAGCUACUAGCGUGCAUGAGCAUGGUAGAUGCACAACUGGGUGUACCGGAGAGCGUGCUUUGCUCUAGCGACUGGGACCCGUUGGCUUUCACCAAAGCUAUAGGCACGCUUCUGUCAUUUUCACUGAUCACCACCAUGCCGGGCGACAGUGUUGUUAUGCAUCCGAUGGUGCAGCGUGCUGUACGUGAUUUCCUAACUCAGGAAGGAAGUGGAGAGACAUACCAGUGGAAAGUUUUUUCGCGUCUGGCCGCCAGAUUUCCGGACGCGCGGGUAGAGUCAUGGCGGUACUGCGACGAGCUGGCGCCCCACGCGGAAGAGGUCCUCCGUUACGUAUUUAAGGACAGGGAUAUUUGCGAGAUGGCUAUGUUGGAUCGCGCGACGUUGCUGCAUAAUGUGGCAGCACACAAGGGUCAUCGUGGUCGAUACCCGUUGGCGCGUGCCCAGGUCGAGGAGGCAUACGAAAUCCGCAGGAACAGACUGGGAGAUGAUAGCCUAGACACACUUGAGAGCCUAGAACUACUUGCUCUUAUUCUAGUCAACCAAGGCGAGUAUUCGCUGGCGGAGAUUAAACAGCGCACUGUCCUCGAUAAACGCCAAUGUCUAACCGGCGCUGAUGACAUCCUUACUCUCGAGAGUCAACAAGCCCUGGCGGAUAUUCUGUUAAGAUUGGGGCGACUGGACGAAGCUAUUAAACUUUAUGAGAAGGCAUUGGAAGCGAACCGGGCAGUCCGAGGAGCUCUGUGUCGCACCAGCCUGGAGUUGAUGGAUCGACUGGGCGAGGCUAAUGAGCAGCAGGGCCGACAUUCCGAGGCAGAGAAGAUAUAUCGUCAGGCCGUUGAAGGGAAAAAAGUGCUUCUCGGAGACGAGCAUGAGUCAACAGUAAAGACACGCAUUUCGCUGGACCUGUUGCUAGGUCUGCAAAGCGGGUACGACCGGGCAUACGACCUGUAUUCCAACGCAAUCGCGCUGAGUACAAGAACCUUUGGCGAGGAGCACCCAGAUACGAUACGACUUCAUUGCAAUCUCGCGAGCUUGUAUUUGACGCAGGGAAACUGGGAGGCGGCGGAGGAGGUCCAGCACCAGGCCCACCGCACCUUUGCUAGAGUUCUCGGGGAACAUCACCCAUCGACACUGGUGUGCUUGUCUAAUCUGGCCGUCUUUAAACAGCGGAAGGGCGAGUAUUCCCAGGCGGAGGAGCUUCACCGGAGCUUGUACGAUCGGCGUUCCGCCAUACUUGGAGUGCACCAUCCAUAUACGCUGACGAGCAUGUUCCAUCUGGCGGAAGUACUUGUGGAGCUCGACCAACACGCAGAGGCGAGUGAUUUGUUUGAAGAAGUACUUACCGGUAGACAGGGCGCCCUGGGAGCGAAGCACCCGGAUACACUUCGCUGCAUGAGCUCGUUGGCCGGUGUCCUGGAUGAUCUCGACCAGUCCGAGGACGCAGAGCGCAUGUAUCUCGAAUGCUUGCGGUUGAAGCGGGAGAUUUUCCCUCCCGACCACCCCGAGAUCCUAACCGACCUGAACAAUCUCGCCGAAGUUUUACGGCAAAGCGGCGAACUUUCGCAGGCGGAGUCUAUGCAUCGGGAAGCGCUGCGCCUGCACGGCAAUCGGGACGCCGGGUUGGGGAGCGUGAGCCGGGCAAACCUUGGAAGGGUCCUCUAUCUACAGGGCCGGUAUGACGAGGCAGUUGAUAUGUUUCAACAGGCUCUGGCGAGCGCCGGAGAAGCAGCAACGGAGCAGAGCCCGUUCGUGGAAAUGGUAUCUGACCGUCUAGAAGCCGCCCUUCGUGAUCAGAAAGAAAUGCGCAAGAAGAACGGCGUGUAUGAAUGGCUACAAUGGGUGGUGACGGGUCCACUUAUGGGACGAGUAUGGGGCAAGGGCUAG